AUGCAAACAGUAUGCAAUUUUCUCUCAUAUCCUAAGAGAUCAAAUGUACUUUUAGGUACUAUUACAAAGCUUUUACCAGAUGAAAAAUCAUUUAAACUGAAAAAGUUUUGCCCAACAAGAUGGGUUGAACGUCAUGACGCUGUCAUACUGUACUAUGAAUUACAGCCUGCAAUCAUUUCUGCUCUAGAAGACAUUUCUUUGUGGAAAGAUACAGAUACUUCAUCAGCGGCAAAUCAACUUCUAGCAUCAAUACACCAAUUUAAAUUCCAAAUAUCAAUGAUGAUUCUUGUUAAACUGUUUUCAAUAUCAGUGUCACUCAGCAAAUUUUUACAAACAGAAAAUUUGGAUCUAGAAAAUGCCCUUUCUUUUGCUGAAAACACACAAGUUACAUUAAAAGAUAUUCGUUUAAAUGCUGAUAAAUAA